GUUACAGACAAACAUCGCAAACGCGGCACCGUAGUAAACGGACCAAAAAAUUUCUCCCUUCUUUUAAAAAAAAGAAAUCCUGCCCCACGACUGUGCUUCUCGUUCCAUUUAGUUAUUGCUAUCGCUGACUAUUUGCAGAAGGAAUCCCUGGUUGGUUCUGCAUUUUGCUGCGCUCGUUUGUGUUCGGGUUAAAGUGCCCGCUAUGUCCAGCGUGCAGCAGCUCUUCAGCAGCAGUUUGGAGAGGAUGACGACGAGGAGAGCAUUCCCUCACCAAGCUAGUACCGCCGUCUGCAGGAGUCUCUUCGGACCCAUUGACCACGAGGAGCUGCGCCGGGAAACCAAGAACAAACUGCGGGAGAUCAGCGAGCAGGCCCAGCAGAAGUGGAAUUUCAACUUCGCGACGGACACCCCGCUGGAAGGAGGGGAGUACCAGUGGGAGGAAGGUAGCGACGUGCCCGGUUUCUACCGGGAGAUCAUCCAGAAGGGAAAGGUCCGCCUGCAGUGUCCGGUUGUCGAGUCCUGCAGCUCGGAAAGUGAGAGUAGCGGUUCCGCCGUCCUGGACUCCCCGGAGAUCGUCGACCGAUUGUUAGGGCUGGAAAGCAGAGAGACCAACCAAGAAAACCGAUCGGAUAACUUGCACUCAGGAAUUAAACCAAGCAGACUAGCAUGCGCGCGGAAAAGGGGAUCUACUGGGCACAUCACAGAUUUUUUCGCCAAGCGAAAGAGGACGAUCGUGGCCAAAGCUUCGAGUGAGAACGGGUCUGUUUCUGUUCUGCCGGGAGAACAAACUCCGCGCAAGAGAAUACGAUAAAAAAAAAGGACAACAUAAAUAAAAUUAUUUGCACUCUACGUUUUUGUUCUUGGUAUGAUGAAAGAAGUGGCUGACAGGGACCAUCGCCAUCCUUGCUGUUCCUAAAACUGAUCAAAAGAAGAGGACUCUGACCCGAAAAUCAGAAGAGUGGAUGACUGACCGCCUUUCGAUUGUGUAGUAUGCAUAUACAGUAAAUGUAGCAAACCAGCCCCCCAGUGGUGGAAAAACCACUGCAGCCAGUGUUAUGGAGCACAGCCAGCAAUUUAAAUCUGAACAUUUUGUAUCUACACUGGUUUGAAGUGUAAUGCUUAACAAUGAAUAUAUUACGGGGAAAAUUAAGUUCUAAAUAGUGCUCUGCUGAUAAUCUCAGUACAACUCGAGAUGUAAAUUUGUAAAUUACAAAAGCUUAUACUAACUUAUAUUUCCUAUUUAUGUUAAGAAUGGUUUCAUCAGUUUCUGGCACCCAGUGAGCUCCCUUUGUUUUGGGACCAAAAGGGCAUUCUUGCUUUAUGUACAAAGUCUGUAAAUAAUGUUUUUUAAAAAUUUUUUUUAGUUUGUGUCUUGCGUCCACAUCUUGUUUGUAGCCAAAAUGUUUAGUAUACUUGAAGGUUGAGCAUAGGGUUCCAUGUUUUUUUUUUGUUUCUGAGCCGUUCAUGUACCACUGCCACUUUUGUGUUGGUAAAAUUUGGAAAAACAAAAACAUCGCAUUUUGCAGCUGAAUAAAUGAAUACAGUUUA